ACAGUGUGAGUCGCCCAUUUCCAUUAAACUCAUUCGCUCCCUGACGGCCAAAGCCUCCUCUCUCAACUCCGACGUCACUCAAACAGCUUGCAAAUUCUCUACAGGACGGUACUAAGGCCGGUCAGUGUACAAGUUUUUGUUGAGGAAGAUGAAGACAGUGGUGGGAAUGGUGGUUUCCAAUAAAAUGCAGAAGUCAGUGGUUGUGGCGGUGGAUAGGCUAUUCCAUCACAAGCUGUACAACCGAUACGUUAAGCGGACAUCCAAGUUCAUGGCUCACAAUGAGAAAGAUGAUUGCGACAUUGGAGACCGAGUUCGGUUGGAGCCUUCACGCCCUUUGAGCAAACGUAAGCAUUGGAUUGUUGCUGAAAUUCUCACCAAAGCACGCAUCUAUCAGCAUCCUUCACCAUCUGUUUCAGCUGCAGCUCCAGUUCAGUCUAAUUUUUAAGGUUUUGCUUCCAUAAGUGCUUUAAUAUUCAUUGUUUGAACAGCAUUAUUGUCCUUUUUUUUUUCUUGUUCGUUCACUCAUGUCUUGGUGUAUUUGUAUCAGAGUCCAUAGACCAUUUACUGUAACUAUUGAUAUACCAAAUUUUUCCAA